UUUUUUUGCAGAAGGAAUGUGUAAACUGUAAACGCAAACACAGUUGUAAUUAGUUGUAUUUUAUUUGUUAUGAGUCUAAAUUAUUAUUAACUCAAUUAAGAAUUUGAAAAUUUUACAGUCUCUGCUUCAUACGAGUGAUUAUAUUAGUUAAUUUGUUUUCACUUUAUAUUAAAACUGGUUUUCAUUAAAACUAUCAGAUAACUGUGUUUUGGCGCUUGGAAAAUUACGGAUGGAUCUUCAGGAUGCGUGGAAAGCAAAAAAGGAAAGUUUUGUAUCCGGCUUAAAUGGGACUUCGUUUCUGGAAGUAACAAUUUGCUCUGCAGCAUAUCCUUUAUGCGUUUUGGUUCGCGCAUUAGUGUUAGGCGUCCUACCAAAGCCAAUGCUGAAUUCAAACAGCUUUAGAUACGUCCUGGAUUUCCUACUAGUUGUUUUCCCGAUUAUUAUUAUGCUGACUGGCUUAUCAGAGUUCAUAUUUGAAGCAGCUUUGAUAGUUCUGGUGUCAAUUACUUUGUACUUUAAAACAUUUUUUAAAAAGAAGAACAUUUCUGAAACAACUCGCAUUCAAGCAGCUUAUGUGAGUAAAUUAUAUUACAAACAUCAAGUUCAAGAUAUAGGAGAGGAUUAUGUGAAAGAAAGUGACUAUUUCUUUGGUGAAAACGUCGACAGUAAUAUAAUUGAGGUUUUAUCUUCAAAACUCCCAUUUUUAACUUCGUUCCGAGUCUCUGUUAACGCUGUUACUUGCAUAUGUAUACUCGCCGUUGAUUUCAAUAUAUUUCCUCGGCGAUUUGCGAAAGCUGAAAAUUUCGGAAUGGGAGUAUUAGACCUUGGAGUUGGUAGUUUUGUUGUUUCUAACGCUCUUGUCAGUCAAGCUGCAAGAAACUGGAACAAAAUUGGUGGAAGGAGCGGGUUGAAUAAAAGCUUCUCGUUUCUGUUUUUUCAGUUAUUCAGCUCAUGGCCUUUGUUUUUGUUUGGAUUUCUAAGAUUGGCUUCAGUCAAAUUAUCUGGCUACCAUGAGCAUGUGUCCGAGUAUGGAGUGCAUUGGAACUUUUUCUUCACACUUGCUGUGGUAAAAGUGCUGGCAACUGUCAUUUUGUUCAUAUUUCCCCUGGAAUUCUGUUCACCUCUGGCAGUUGCAAUUGCAGCAUCAUAUCAAUACCUUUUAAGUGGAAAUAACGAAAAAAUGACCCAACUGAUUUUUGGUAGCAAUCGGGAAGGCGGUCUGCUGAUGCAAAAUAAAGAAGGUAUAGCAUCCUGUCUGGGUUACUUAUCACUUUACUUUGCUGGUGUACAGUUGGGUGCUUUCAUAUUUAAAGAACGUAGAACUCUUGCCAAGUGGAAAGAGGCCGCAAAGGAGCUUUUAGGUUGCACCUUAAUGCUAUGGUCGUUGCUACACUUUAGCAACUACGCUAUACAGCCCAUAUCUCGCAGGUUAGCAAAUGUUUCUUACUGCAUAUGGAUUCUUUCGCAAUCUACGUUGAUGUUAUUCCUGUUCCUUAUGGUGGAUAUUCUCACCACACAGAAUAUCAAUGCAGGUUAUCUACCCAAUGAAAGCAUGCCUGAUCCAUGGCUUAUGGAAAAACCAAAAGAAGACACAAAAAUUGACUACAACCCCCCACCCCCUAAGAAAUGUCUGAUAUCUGCUAUAAAUCGAAACCAGCUUUUGUUUUUUCUUCUAAGCAACUUGAUGACUGGAGCAGUGAACGGUUUAUUUGACACUCAAGCUGUCAGCAACACAAAUUCUAUUGUUAUAAUCACAAUAUAUGCAGUUUGUGUAACUUUUAUUACAUGGCUACUGCACAUAAAACAGAUUACAAUUAAAAUGUGGUAAUUAAUGUUUUUCUACAACGUAUGUGUAUUGAUAGGUUUUAUAUUUGUAUUUUCAGCAAUAUUGGGAAAAGUUCAUUUAAAUAGUUGUUGUAGGUGGUGUAUUAGAAAUGGCUGUAGUUUAAAUAUACUGUGUAAGACUGAGAAUUUUUUGUAUUGGUGUGUACAUUACAUAUAUAUACUGUAUUGUUAUUGUUUAUACGUGUUUUUUGUAAAUAAUGUAAGAAAUGAUGAACAAAACAACGAAAGUGAAUUAGCAAGUUUUUUAUUCCGUUUUAUUAUUCAAGUGUUAAAUUUUCAUUAUGGUUUAAACUAUUUCA